AUGGCGUCAAAGGGUUUGCAGAGCUUCUCAAGGAGCGCGAAGACUCUGCGAGCAUUUGGAAGCUCUAAAGAUCCAUUAACGCAAUGUCUUGCACCGCGACUAUCGAGGUCAAUGGCAACAGAGACUUCAUUACUAUCGAGGCUAUCCCCAGAAUAUGACAUUACAUCCCUCCCAGAUGCUGCAAAUACAGAGGCAUUCUCACCACCCACAGUGUUAACCACCAUCUACAAAUUCCCCACCAUGGAGCCCAUCCGAUUCGAAUCAUACUCGAGCAAACACCUCUACCUGCCCCUCCGCCGCGACAUCCUGCACCGCGCCGUAGUCUUCGAAGGUGAUGGCACACGCCAAGGAACAGCCAACACGAAAACCCGCUGGGAAAUUCACGGCUCGCACCGCAAAAUCCGGCCACAAAAAGGAACGGGUCAGGCGCGUCUAGGCACCAAGCAAUCGCCCAUGUUAAAAGGCGGAGCAAAGGUCUUCGGUCCUCGCCCUCGCGACUUCUCCACUGAGCUGCCGCGCAAGAUGUAUGAUCUGGCGUGGCGCACGGCGCUGAGCUGGCGGUACAGGAAGGGAGAUUUGAUCAUUUGCGAGGAUGGGAUGGAGCUUGAGCAGGCGGGUACAAAGUAUGUGAAGUCAAUUUUUAAGCAUAAUCGUUGGGGAAAGGAGGAUGGAAGGAGCUUGUUAAUUACGGCUGGGGAAAGCGAGAAUUUGUACAAGGCGCUAGAAAAUGCUGGGGAGGAUGGGAGGGUGAAGAUGGAGCAUGAGGUUGACGUGAAGGAUCUGUUGGAGUUGGGGAGGAUUAUUAUUGAGAAGGGGGCGUUGGAUAGGUUCUUGAAGGAUCAUCAGAGUGAUCUGAUGUCAAAGGUUAGAGCUGCUGUAUAG